GGAAACACUGGUUGCUAGGUGGAGUUUCCUGCACAGGAUAUAAAAGCUUUGAGAGCCCUCUGCUCCUUUACUCCUGACCGUGCAGCCCUGCAAGGCAGUGUUUGUGAGAAGGAAGAAGCUGUCAAUAUGGCUAUGGUAUCAGAAUUUCUGAAGCAGGCAUGGUUCAUGGACAAUCAGGAGCAGGAAUGUAUUAAGAGUUCAAAAGGUAUCCGUGGAGUACAGUCAUACCCAAAUUUUGAUCCAUCAGCUGAUGUUAUUGCCUUAGACAGAGCUAUUACUGUAAAGGGUGUGGAUGAAGCCACCAUCAUUGACAUCUUGACUAAGAGAACAAAUGCUCAGAGACAACAGAUCAAGGCUGCCUAUCAGCAGGCUAAAGGGAAGAGUCUAGAAGAGGCUUUGAAAAAAGCUCUGAAAAGCCAUCUAGAAGAUGUUGUUGUGGCUUUGCUCAAAACUCCAGCUCAAUUUGAUGCUGAAGAAUUAAGAGCCUCUAUGAAGGGGCUUGGAACUGAUGAAGAUACCUUAAUUGAGAUUCUGGCCUCAAGAAACAACCGAGAAAUCAAAGAAGCCAACAGAUACUACAAGGAAGUGCUGAAGAGAGAUCUGACACAAGACAUAAUCUCUGACACAUCUGGAGACUUUCAAAAGGCUUUGGUUGCUCUAGCCAAGGGUGAUCGAUGUGAAAAUCCUCAUGUGAAUGAUGAACUUGCUGACAAUGAUGCCAGGGCCUUGUAUGAAGCAGGAGAGAAAAGAAAAGGGACAGACACUGGUGUGUUUGUAAAUCUUCUUACUACAAGAAGCUAUCCACAUCUUCGAAGGGUCUUUCAGAAGUACACCAAAUACAGCAAGCAUGACAUGAACAAGGUACUGGAUUUGGAGCUGAAAGGGGAUAUUGAGAAUUGCCUUACUGCCCUUGUGAAGUGUGCCACAAGCAAGCCAGCUUUCUUUGCAGAAAAACUCCAUUUGGCAAUGAAGGGUGCUGGGACCCGGCACAAAGACCUCAUCAGAAUCAUGGUUUCACGCCAUGAAGUGGAUAUGAAUGAAAUAAAAGGCUAUUACAAGAGUCUGUAUGGCAUCUCUCUCCGCCAAGCCAUUAUGGAUGAACUCAAAGGGGAUUAUGAAACCAUCCUGGUGGCUUUGUGUGGAAAUGAUAACUAAGUUUUCAGUGCUCCUGAAAUGCAUUCAAGCCCAGUUGCUGAAAAUCUUUAUAUCUGCAUGUCUAUGUAAAACACAGGCUUUACACACAGAGGUUUUUAUGGAAUGACAGUACAUAUGUAUUAUGUUUAAAACCUGUAACCCAGAAUGUACUUUUUCAAUAGCCUUACUCUGAAUGGCAUCAAUACUUCUGGUUGCCAUUAUUUAUUAAAAAUGAAAGAAUGCCCCCAAGUUUCUCUUCAUAUGAUUAAUUAUUAAAAUGGUAAAGUUUUUUUUCUAUGCUAAGCAAAUAAACUUUUAAAAAUAAAAUUCA